GAAGAUGUUGCUAGCCAAGAACAAGACGAUCAGCCUCAAACACAGAAUAAUGAAAGUGAAAAACCCGAAAACGAAGAUGCAUCGAACGAAGAGUUAGCAGACAAUAUCACAAGUAACAGAGACCUGGAAGAUGGAGAUGAAACUGGAGAGGAUCAAGCUGUAGACAACGAAGAUCAGGCUGAAGACAACGAAGAUCAAAGAGAAGCCGACGAAGACGAACCAGGAGAUAAUGGAGAACAAGGGGAUGAUGAUAAAGAGGAUAUAGAGGAAAAGCAGGAUGGAACAACGGAAAGCAAGGAGGAAAAUCAAGAUGGAACACCGGAAAGUAAAGGGACAUUCGACAGUGGGGAAAAACAGCAGGUAGAACAGAAAUACUCUGGAAACGAAAAACAGUUAGUGACUGAAGAAAAAAGGGUAACUGAAACUGUCGAACAAGAAGAAGCUACCGUCGAAGGAGCAGAAGACCAAGAAGAAAGCGAUGAAGAGACAACUGAAACAAACAUCGACGAAGAAUCAGAAAAAAUAGAACAAUCUGACAGUGAUGGGGACAAUGAAAGUGCUGAAAAUAAUCUAGAUAAUCAGGGUGGAGUGGAUAGUAACGAAGAUCGAAUAGACGAUGUGGAAGAACAAAAAGAGAAUAAAGAUGAUGAGCCAUCUGUAGAAACAAACGAUGCAGUACAAUCAGUCGAGAACAACAAAGAGAGCGUUGAAGAGUUAGCCAAUGAAGAAGUCACCAAUGACUACUACGGCGCAGCAGAAGGAGCCCAAUCUACUGAAUACUCUGAAUCUAACGAUGAACUUGAACACGGUGAUGAAGUGGAAGAAGAACAAGGUGGUUCAGAAGAAAAAAGCACAGACGAAGAAUCAGAGGCACGUGAUGACGAAUACGAAUCUGCUCCUGUAGAGGAUUUAACAUCGGACAUUGAAAUCCCCAGUGAACUGAGGGCGAGGGAUCACGUUGAGCAACUUCUCAAAGUUGACGAAGAUUCGUCGGAGACCGAAAAGCUCAUCAAUAAAGUAUCUGAUAUCACUCUAAAAGAGCUAAAGAAACUCUACGAAAAUGCCAUAAAACCCUUGGAAGUUCUAUACAAGUACAGGGAGCUCAGUAACAGACAUUUUGGUGACGCUGAAAUAUUCUCCAAGCCUCUGAUCCUCUUCAUGGGUCCAUGGAGCGGAGGAAAAUCGUCCAUUAUUAACUAUCUAGUCAACAAUGAAUACAACGAAACCUCCCUUAGAACUGGAGCUGAACCAUCCCCAGCCUACUUCAACAUUUUAAUGUACGGGGAUGAGCCGGAAAUUGUUGACGGAACAGAGUUAGCAGCUGACUUCACGUUCGCAGGCCUACAAAAAUUUGGGCAAGGUUUGGAGGAACGCCUCCAAGGCGUCAAACUUCCUAUGAGACUUCUAGAGAAAGUCAACAUCGUGGAGAUUCCCGGAAUAUUGGAGGUUCGCAAGCAGAUUUCAAGGGUGUUUCCCUUCAACGACGCAUGUCAGUGGUUCAUCGAUAGAGCUGAUAUCAUCUUCUUGGUUUAUGAUCCAUCAAAACUCGAUGUAGGUCCGGAAACAGAGGCGAUUCUGGAUCAGCUCAAGGGACGUGAACAUCAAACACGCAUUAUUUUAAACAAGGCCGACCAAGUGAAACCCGAAGAACUCAUGAGGGUACAAGGAGCUCUGAUAUGGAACAUUUCACCCCUGAUGUCUUCCCCACAACCUCCUGUAAUGUACACUGUGUCACUAUGGUCUAAACCUUACGAGCCCUGGGCCCCAGCAAGACUGCUACAAGCUCAAGAAAGGGCUUUCUUGCGAGAUUUGAGAGGAGCUAUAGACAAAAGAAUCGAUAAUAAAAUAGCCAGUGCACGAAGGUUUGCGGUGCGUGUACGAAAUCACGCAAAGAUGGUGGAUUGCUACCUCACGACAUACUACAAUCACAAGUCCGUGUUCGGAAAUCGCAAGCAAGUUGCAGACGAAAUCAUCGAACGUCCACAAGAUUACCACAUCUACGAAGGUCUCUCUACCCUCACGAACAUAUCCCGGUAUGACUUACCGGACCCAGAUGUCUACCGUGACUUCUUCAAGCUCAACCCACUGUACGAAUUCCAGCCAUUGUCAGCCACAUGUACUUAUUUUCGAGGGUGUCCUAUCAACAGGCUGGACGUUGCUAUUGCCUACGAUCUCCCAGAAUUGGUGGGAACGCAUAAGAAGUUAAUCGAAAAUACCCUGACACAAACUUCAGAUAAGUUAACUUCAGCCCCUGGUAGCUGAAUCGAAAACAAGGAACACCAAGUAAUAACCCUACUCUCGGGAAAAGGCCUGCCCAAUAACAGAGGUUCCAUCCCAAAAUAUCGAAGCCGAUCGCACUAUUGGGAUAGCAAGACUAAUUCUAAUUGUCGAUCUGCUCGAAGUUUUGGAAUACCUUCCUAUCCUAAAUAUAAGACUUUUCGAAACGCAAUAUAUGCGUCAGUGUAUCGUAACAAUUAUCUUGUAAUUUUCAAAAAAUUCCGUUCAACCCUACCUUAAAUUGGACGCCUUUUUGAAAAAUCAUGUUAAAUCAUUCAUGCCAGUGCUACUGUUAUUCGAACUGAAAGUACACAUGAAGACAUUUUCCAGCGUUACGCUUUCAUAGUCUCCUGCCACGUGUGUUGAUCGCAUUUAAAGAGUUGUUGCUGUCGGAGUGUUCAUGUAUCAAAAAUCGAUUACAGCGUGAUUCAUUUUAUUUUGACACCAGAUGUACAACACCUUACUAAAAUUUAUGGAGCUUUGAGACAAUUUCAUUAUUGUUAUAUGUAUAUUGAAUGUACAGAUCAUUAAUAUAUACUGUAGUUCGUUAACUUAGUUCUUCUUUUUCAUUUGAAUAAUUAUUGAGUAAGAAGACAGAUUAUAGGUUAAGAAAAUGAAUAAAAUAAAUAUAUUUUCA